AACUUCACACGACAACCAUAACCAAAAAAAAAAAUCAUUGACCUGAAAAUAGCUGUAAAUUUUGAGCGGCUAUUAAUUCCAACAACAAUUUACUACCCAAUAAUGCCGAAUUGUUUGAUAUAAAGUAAUUUUAUUCUUCUAACAAUGGGUGUACCAGCAUUCUUCCGCUGGCUGACUAGGAAAUAUCCGUCCGUCAUAGUAAAUUGCGUCGAACAAAAACCGAUAGACGUCAACGGAGUAAGCAUUCCCGUAAACUCGUCCGAGCCCAAUCCGAAUGGCAUCGAAUUCGAUAAUUUAUACUUGGACAUGAACGGCAUCAUCCACCCGUGUACCCAUCCGGAAAACAAGCCAGCUCCGAAAAACGAAGACGAAAUGAUGAUCGCCAUAUUCGAAUGCAUAGACAGAUUGUUCAGGAUCGUGAGACCGAGGAAAGUUUUGUACAUGGCCAUCGACGGGGUGGCUCCUCGAGCUAAAAUGAACCAGCAAAGAUCCAGACGAUUCAGGGCUGCGAAAGAAACUACCGAGAAAAUUCAAGAAAUCAAACGAAUUCGAGCGGAAUUGCUUCUGAAAGGUAUCGUUUUACCGCCUGAGAAACCGAAAGAAGAGCAUUUCGAUUCGAACUGCAUUACCCCCGGUACACCGUUUAUGGCCCGUUUAUCCGAUUGUUUGCAUUAUUACAUCCACGAGAGGCUCAACAACGACCCCGGUUGGAAAAAUAUAAAAGUUAUUUUAUCUGACGCCAACGUUCCCGGUGAAGGUGAACACAAAAUUAUGGACUUUAUAAGAAAGCAAAGAGGCCAACCGGAUCACGAUCCUAAUACUCAGCAUGUCUUAUGCGGGGCUGACGCUGAUCUUAUCAUGUUAGGUUUGGCAACGCACGAGCCUAAUUUCACUAUUAUCAGAGAGGAAUUUAAACCCAAUCAACCGAGACCGUGCGAAAUAUGCGGACAAACCGGUCAUGAAAUGAAAGAAUGCGUCGGUGGGUGUAGAUCAGAAGAAGAGAAACCUGCGGACGUUACCUUCGGUUCGGAACCCGAGUUCAUUUUCGUUAGAUUGUGCGUUUUGAAGGAGUAUCUCGAGAGAGAAUUAAUGAUGACCAAUUUGCCGUUUAAAUACGAUUUCGAAAGGGCAUUAGACGAUUGGGUUUUUAUGUGCUUUUUCGUUGGAAAUGAUUUUCUACCUCAUUUACCAAGUCUCGAAAUAAGAGAAGGUGCCAUCGAUAGAUUGAUAGGGCUGUAUAAGACGUGCGUUUAUAAAACGAACGGCUGGUUGACCGAUAGCGGUGAAGUCAACCUGGAAAGAGUCCAGAUGAUCAUGUUGGAGCUCGGUAAAGCCGAAGACGAAAUAUUCAAAAAGCGGCAACAGAACGAAUUGAACUUUAAAGCGCGCGAAAAGGCGAAAAAGAGAAGAACCCAGGGCUUCAAUCAGUACCGGCCCAAUUGGAAUUUAGUUAAAGACACCCAAUUCGCUCCGACCGCUAUAGGUCAACAGAAACCGAUCGUAAACGCCCGGAACGAAGCCUUCAACAUCCGAAAGGCUGGAAUGCAUUCGAGAUCGAACUCCAAUCCCGAGUUUCAGUUACAAACUGAUUCUAGAACUGCAUUAGAAUCGAUGUUUGUACCGUCCGGUCAAUCCGAUGAAUCCCCGCAGGGGGUAAAGAGACCCAGGGAGGAGAAUGACGAUUCGGAAGAGGACCAGCCGAACGACGAAGUCCGAUUGUGGGAGGACGGAUUCAAAGAUCGUUACUACGAAUCGAAAUUCGACGUGAAACCGGAAGAACUGGAAUUCAGAUACGCCGUGGCUUUGCAUUACGUUCGAGGAUUGUGCUGGGUGCUGAAAUACUACUAUCAAGGUUGCGCUUCGUGGAAAUGGUUCUACCCGUACCACUACGCUCCGUUCGCGUCCGAUUUUUGCAACAUCGCCGGACUUAGCACGGAGUUCGAGAGAGAUACGGAACCGUUUAAACCGUUGGAACAGCUGAUGGGCGUGUUUCCGGCCGCCAGUAACCAACACGUUCCUUCGGCUUGGGCUGAAUUGAUGUCGGAUCCCGAUUCCUCUAUAAUCGAUUUCUAUCCCGAGGAUUUCAAGAUAGAUCUCAACGGUAAGAAGUUCGCCUGGCAGGGUGUAGCUCUGUUGCCUUUCGUCGACGAAACGAGACUGUUCAAAGCUCUGGAACCUUAUUACGAGAAAUUGUCUGAUGAUGAGUUGCGACGAAACGUUCGAGGCGACGAUAGGUUGUACGUGAUGCCGAAGAAUAGUGGAUACGAUACGUUGAUUAAUAUGUACAAACAAAAAUUGGAUGAUGAUACUCAGUAUAGUAUCACCAUAGAUGGAAUGACGGGGACUGUUCUCAUUUCGGAUGUUAAUGUCGAGGAAGGAGGAUUAUUGGAAUCGCCUGUGACCGAUCUGCAGCCGAUAACCGAUAACGCGGUUUGUUGCGUUAGAUACAGAGAUCCGCAAUAUCCCAAAGGAUACGUUUUCCUGGCUAAAAGAUUGAAGGGGGCCAAAGAUCCUCCUAGGGUGUUGAAACCCAGCGAUCUCAGCGCUCAAGACAACAGAAAUUGGCGCGCUCAAAUCGGCAUGGUACCGUCUACGCAAAGGGCCAGUUUGGAUCAGUCCGGCCAUCGGAUGGUGAAUCACUAUAAUAAAAGGAACGAGCAAGGACAGUAUUCGAAUGUACCUCCUCCUAAUAAUCCUGAGAGAAGGAAUUAUAAUGAUUAUAGAAAUCAAUACAAUCAACGGUCGUUCGAUAGGGGUUCGUCCUAUCAACAGCGGUCGGGUUACUAUCAGUUCGGAAGCAAUAGUUACAACAGCAAUAAUUACGGAGGUAAUUAUUCUAGUAACCACGGUAAUUAUUCGAACAACCAGGGUAAUUAUUCGAGUAACCAGGGCGGUUACCGUAAUGCUGGUUACGGUAACCAGGCGGGUAGGAACGAUCGGGAUCAGCAACGUGCUCGACCUCCUGGACCUUAUAAGGAUAGAUACGAAGUGACGAACCGGUAUUCUAGAAGAUAACUUUAUUUUAGAGAAAAGUGUAAACUAUGAUUGGACGAUUUUAUUGAGAGAAAUAAAUCUAUUUUCAGGGCACUAUCCAUUUAUAAUUUUUCUUUCGUUGUUAGAAAAUGCGUGUUGUAAAAAUUUGACAACUAUUUUUUUCACUUUUGUAAUUGUGGCAUUAUUUUUAUCGAGUGCAAGAAUUCCAAUUCAUAUCGUUGGGUUUUUUUUAAUGAUAAAUUAUUUGUUGUAUUCCAUUUCGUGAACAAUUCUAUGAGGUAAAGAUGUAAAAUUGAUUUACAAUUACAAUAAAUAGU